GCCGGGCGGACGCGCGGACCCGGCGGCCCCUCGGCCUGGGCUGCCCCGGGCCCCGCCGCUCAGCUGUGAUGCCUCCAUCUCCAUGCCCAGAAGAGAACUCUGCUCCCAGAGUCACCCUUUCCAGCUAGAUGCACCCAAACCAGGAAGCUGCCAUGGAAACAGGCUGCACGGAGGAGCCUGCCCAGACCAGGACACAGUCAGUGGCCUGUGCCAGUGACCAGCAGCGGGAUGAGAGCAGGGACCAGCUCCCUGAGCAGGGCAGUGCCUCCAUCGCAGCCGCGGAGCCACAGCCGGCACCUGGGAAGCUGAAGAAGACGGCGUUCAAGCUGUUUGGAGGGAAGAGGAGCAUCUGUACACUGCCCAGCUUCUUUGGGGGCAGGAGCAAAGGCCAGGGCAAGGCAAACUCUAAGAAGGGCCUCAGUAAAUGUAAGACCCACGAUGGGCUCAGCAGUGCUGCUUAUGAUAAAGGUAGUGGGGCGCAGCUGGAAAGCCCUGCGGAUGGGAGCAGGGACCCGCAUCCCGGCCCUUUGCCGAGCUCCCAGAGCGCUCACGUUGCUGUAGAUGCCAGCACCAGGUUUGAUUGUGGCCAGCAGGACGGUUCGCCACCCGGGAGCAUUGAGGGCUGUGAGAAAAAGCCCAAUGGAGAUAAAUCCUCUUUUCCCAGACCCAAAAAGGGCCUGAAAGGGUUUUUCAGCAGCAUCCGGCGUCACCGCAAGAGCAAAGUGGCCGAGUGUGAGAGAGCUGAGCUGCCCGAGUGGAGCGGGGACACGGAGGAGGCCGGCAGAGCUCCCGGAGGGCCAGCGGAGAGCCAAGGUGCUAUAGAAGCAAUGGGACUGGCACCCGUCCCUCCUGGCACAGCCUGCCCAGGGGCCCCAGAGGAUGAGCACUCCAUGGGCACCGCUGAUAACUGUGGGGAGGCUGAGCCUGGCUGCCUGACCACGGCUGAGGGCAGCUCUGAGUGUGACACAGGGACAGUGAAGAGGGAUGCUCUGGAUACAGAACCAGAGGCUGACGCUGUUGUGUGUGCGGAGUUUGACCCUGGUAACACACUGCUGGCUUUUCCUCCGGACUUCAUGGACAAUGACCCCUCCUGCCUCAACUCUGGGGACCUGCUGAGCCUCAUCCUGGGAGAUGCAGCAUCCCUGAAGAGCUUCGAUUCCCUGACAGGCUGUGGAGAUGACAUUGCUGAACCUGACAUCGCCGAGAGCUCCAUCUCUGUGGAGCGCAGCAGGGAUGCUGCGAAGAGGAGCUCCUGCCUCGUCACCUACCAGGGCGGUGGGGAGGAGAUGGCCAUACCCGAGGAGGCAGAGGAGUACCUCCACCAGCUGUGGAGCAGCAACGUGGCAGCUGACAGGAGCUAUGGAGCCCAGGUAUCGAGCAGCAGCCUGGAGACCCACGCCUCGCACGAGGCUGAAGCCCACCCCUACAUAGGGGAUGCAAUGGAUGGCGUUGACCUCCUGACGCCACAGAGUGACCAGCAAGAGUCUGCCCCUAACAGUGAUGAAGGUUACUAUGACUCCACCACACCGGGGCCUGAGGAUGACGCUGGGGAUGGGCUGGGUGAGCUCAAGAAGGAUCGUCUGCCCCGGGACAGUUACAGUGGUGAUGCACUUUAUGAGUUCGACGCGCUGAUGAGUCCCUCUCAUGGGGAGGAAUCCCUGUUUGAGAGCAAAAUCCCCCGUCCCGGGAUCUUCAGCUACUUCUUGGACUUCUGCCUCCCUGCCGAGAAGAGCCUGAUCCAGAUGAUCGACCAGAAAAGAGGGGUGAUGGAAAUGGAAGGAGAGGAGCUGGCGGCCAUUCAGAAAGAGCUGCUCUACUGGGAGCUGCAGGGGGAGCCGGUCUUGAAACGCCUUGAUGCUCCCAGCAAGGAGAAGUGUCCCCUUGAGAAGCAAUGUGUUGAAUGUAAAACCAGAGCAGCCAGCUCAGCUGGCAAAAAGAGUGGCCUUGGUGGUGAGCAGGUGGCCUCGCAUGCCCCAAACAGAGCGGGGAACAGUGUGGGUUCGGUGGCUAGAGCUGAAAACCCAGAGUGGAGGGAUUUUCCAGGGACUCUGUGUCCAGAAAACUGUUACAACAGCCAAAAAGCUGGAAGUUGCCUUAUUCAGCUGGUACAGAACAACCCAGGGUUCGAGUCAGACCCAGACUGUGGGUUGUUUCGGGACUCCAUCCAUGGCAGCGUCAGCCCGACCACAGCAGGGAUGUUCCCUGGCUACCGGCUCCCGGAGCACGAGGAUGGUGGUGGAGAGGAGACCUCGAGCAGCAAGCCCCAGGCAGGCAGUGAGCCUGAGCACGCCGUGAGCUUCUCGCAGGCGCUGGUGGAGUUUGCCAGCAGCGGGACCCUCUUCUCCAGCCUGUCUGAAAGCCUGGGCAGCUCAGCCUCUGGCUCCUCCUUCACCCAGAACCUCCCUGCCCUCCCCACCAUGGUCACCUUCGACGUGGUCGACGUGGAGCAGGAAGGAGAAGGGGAGUGCGAGCAGCACCCUGACAUGACUGCGGGCGAGGACAUUGCCGAGGCCUUUGAGGACAGCUAUGGGCAGAAGGAGUCGUUGGCUGAAUGUGACGAGCGAAUGUCCCCGGGGUUCACCCCGGGCUCCUUCCAGAGCUGUGACUGGGGUGUCACCAGCCUGCCCCGGCACCUGCGCCUGCAUGGGCUGAGCCCCUCCAUGGCACCGCUCUCCAUGGACCGCAGGAGCCGGUCGCUGGACACGGAGAGCCUGGAGUUGGAGCUCGCCGAGCCCCAGGCUGCCAGGAGCUGUCCCCAGCCCGGCCGGCUCUGGGCCAAGCGGGAUGGUGGAGCGAGGAGGAGCAGGAGCAAGGAGGAGGGUGAGCCGGCGGCUCCCGAUGGGGGGUUGAGCUGGCCGGGCUUGCAGCACCUCCAGCAUGACCCCGACAUGGGGAUGGAGCUCUGGGGGUUCGCUCCGGCCACCACCAUGGAUGGUGCCUGGGAGCCCCCAGAGCAGCCGGGCUCCGUGUCCCCUUUCCUGCCUCUUUCCCAGAGCAUCUCUGGGGAGACUCCAGAGCCGGAGCUGAGCAGACACCCGCUCAGGCCCCACAACCUGCCUCUGCAGCCUGAUGCCAGGUGGUCCCGGGAGGCAGCCGGUUCCUACAGGUACCAUGGAGAAGCCACCACCAAAACCUUGCCCCAUUUGUUACCCACUGGUGGGACAGAGCCUGAGCUGCCCCCGGGCUUUGGGUUCGCUUGCUCCCCGGAGAAGCGCAGCAAGUGUAAACCCGUGGGCAUUGCCCAGGGUGUUCCACAGCAUCCCAGCGGCUCCACACAGAGCCCAGAGCGCUGCGGAGAGCCCCUGAAAGGCAGAGCCCCCCCCGGCACCCGCAGCGCUGCCCUCAGCCACACUGACCCUGAGUAGCUGCUCCGGGGAGGGAGCAGCAGCGAUUGCAAAGGGAGGGAGGAAAUAAAGCAGUGAGUGACUUGAAACCAGACCUGGGUGGGCUGAGCUCCUCUGCUGCUGCCCUGGCUGUGCUCUUGGUGCUGGGGAUGCUCUGCCAGGGCUUGGGCUCACCUGCGGGAUUUGGGUGUUAACACUGAGGCACCUUCUUGUUGCCCCCGUGUGUGCUCACGUUGCUGCUGGAAUGAGAGCUGGGAAUGGACCCGUGGCAGGGCUGGGGGUUUGCUGCAGGAUUGGAGCCUGGGGGAAGCUGUUG